AUGAUGCGCCAUACCGCCUCCCGGGCCGUGGCCCGACUCUGUGGCCGCGCCCUCCCGGCCAGCCACGCCAUGACGCUGCUCGGUGUCACCUCGCUUGCCACCCCGGGCCGCUUCGCUUCCUCCGGCGCCACGUCGCCGCUGGUGGACCGGGACGCCAUCAUCAAUGCUGUUGCGACGCAGGCUGUCUUCGACAAGAACAUUGUCGAGUCCCUCGCAAACACCUUCGUGAGCGGCCUCGAGAAGUCGAGCUACCCGCGCAACUUCUCUCAGGCGGAGAUGAUCGCCCACGUGAAGGGCCUUUUGACGGCGGAGGCUCGCCACCGCAUGGGCGACUCCUUCGAGUACGUCCACGAGAACCAUUGCACCGCCUUCUACAUUUGUCACAACGAGCCUCAGAAGAAGCUGCGCAUGCUGCGCAAGAUGGCGCGGUUUGUGUCCCUUAACCAGGAUCCUAAUCUCGGCAGUAACACGCACCACUACGUCAGCGAGGACCGAAAGUUCGCCAUCUACAGCGCCUCCAUCGAGUCCUUCGUCGAGAGCAGCAGCCAGGAGGAGCAUGUCAACCCCAAAAACCCGGCACUGCCGACGCAGGCGGCCGCCAGGCAAAUGACGGAGGAGCAGAAGAACAUUAUCCGGGGCCUACUCCGCCGCCAGCUCAACUCUGUUUUCCCGGUCUUCCACGUCGAGGAGGUGGAAAAGGGGCAUGUGUCCUUCACGAUGGCCACCAUGGUCGAGCGCACGAAUUACGUCGCCUCGCUGCUGUCCAUCUUCCAGGAGAUCGAGGGGGCUGAGGUCAUGAUGAGCGUGUCCUACAGCUUCUCGAAUGGGGUGCUGGUGUACGGCUUUGAGAUCCGCGGCGCGACCGCUGAGCAGAUACAGGAGCGGGCCUCGCUGGUCGGACUGCUGCCAAACCGGCCCUUCAACGCCAUCACGCGUCUGCACGAGGCCGGCGCGCUGUCAUGUGAGGAAACGGUGUUCAUUGACGCAGCCGUCAUCUUCACCAUGUACUUCACUCCGAGCCCGACGACAGACGACUACCGUCACCUCAAGGCGAUCCUGGCGAAGGAGCCGAAUGGCGUGAAUCGGCUGAACAACCUGCGAAGCUCACUGACGCAGGAGGUCAUGUCCGAGCGCUACACCGGCUCCGUCAUCGCCCUCUACCCGGAGUUUGUGAAGCUCAUCUACGAAGACUUCCGUCUUGGCUCCACGCCCGAGCGCCGCGCUGCCAUUGCCGAGAAGAUUACGCACCGCCUGCGCGAGGACGACCGCCCGGAUUACGACCGCAUGCUGUUCAUGACCUUCCUCAAGUUCAAUGAGGUGAUUAUUAAGCACAACUUCUGCAAGACAGAGAAGGCCGCGCUCGCCUUCCGGCUGAACCCGACGUUUCUCAAGGAGCUCGAGUUCCCGCGUGUACCGCACGGCGUCUUCCUCUUCGCUGGCGGGCAGUGGCGCGGCUUCCACAUCCGCUUCACCGACAUCGCGCGUGGUGGUGUGCGCAUGAUCAUCUGCAAGGAGCGCGACUACCGCCGAAACAAACGCUCCGUCUUCCAGGAGAACUACAACCUCGCUCACACGCAGCUGCUGAAAAAUAAAGACAUCCCGGAGGGGGGCAGCAAGGGCACGAUUCUCGUCUCCAGUCGCUACCUCAACAAGUUCGACGAGGUGCGCUGCCAGCACAUCUUCCUCCAGUACGUUGACGCUCUGCUCGAUGUCAUCAUCCCUGGCGAAAAGGGCGUCGUGGACGGGCUCAAGUCAGAGGAGAUCAUCUUCCUCGGCCCGGAUGAGAACACCGCCGGCACCUUCCCGGCCGCUGGCGCGCUCUACGGCAAGGGGCGUGGCUACAAGUCGUGGAAGUCCUUCACGACUGGCAAGGACCCCGAGCUUGGCGGCAUCCCGCACGACGUGUACGGGAUGACGACGCACAGCGUGCGAGCCUACGUGACGUCCAUCUACGAGAAGCUCGGUCUCAAGGAGUCGGAGAUGCGCAAGUUCCAGACCGGCGGCCCGGACGGCGACCUCGGCUCGAACGAGGUGCUGCGCAGCAAGGAGAAGAUGGUCGGCAUGGUGGACAUCUCGGCCUCGCUGCACGACCCGAAGGGCAUCGACCGCGAGGAACUCGCCCGCCUGGCCCACCACCGCCUGCCGCUGCGCGAGUUCAACCGCAGUAAGCUGUCGCCGGAGGGCUUCCUGGUGCUGACGGAGGACCGGAAUGUGAAGCUGCCCGACGGCACCCUCGUCGAGGACGGCUCUCGCCUGCGUAAUGAGUUCCACUUCCUCAAGUACUCCGACGCCGAUGUCUUCGUCCCUUGUGGCGGGCGCCCGCGAAGCGUGACGCUCGAAAACGUUGGCAAGUUCCUCAAGAUUUCGAACGCGGACGGUGAGUCCAUGAUGGAAGGCAAGUACGCGAACUUGUCGCCGGAGCAGCUAAAGUUCAAGAUCAUUGUGGAAGGCGCCAACCUGUUUAUCUCACAGGACGCCCGUCUGGCGCUCGAGAAGUGCGGCGUGACGCUCAUCAAGGAUGCGUCGGCGAACAAGGGUGGCGUGACAUCCUCCUCGCUGGAGGUGUUUGCAGGCCUCUGCCUCUCCGACGAGGAGCACACCAAGUACAUGUCCGCCAAGAGCGCCACGGAUGCGCCGGAGUUUUACAAGAGCUACGUGAAGGAGAUCCUCGACCGCAUUGAGGAGAAUGCGAAGCUCGAGUUCAACGCCAUCUGGCGUGAGUGGGAGAAGGACCCGCAGCAGUCCAAGACGCUCAUCGCUGACGCGCUCAGCAGAAAGAACGUGCAGAUCCGCGCAAGCAUGCUGAGCAGCGACAUCUUCCAGAACCGCGACCUGAUCCGCUACGUGAUGGAUCAAUAUGCGCCCAAGACGCUGAAGGAGGUGGUGCCGGUGGAUGUGAUGCUGAAGCGCGUGCCGGAGAGCUACCAGCACGCCAUCUGCGCCAUGUGGCUUGCCUCUCGCUACGUCUACCAGACCGGGGUGGACAGCAACGAGUUCGACUUCUUCCGCUACAUGACCGAGGUCUACGCCACCGCGGCGAAGAGUACCAAGUAG